UGACAUUUUGCAAUUUCUAAACAUUCGACGUGAAAACAAACGACGCUUGUUGCAAAAAGAAGAAUAAUCCUUGCAAAAUCGCCACAUUUCGUUACAGCUGAGUAGCAAACAGUACAGUAUUACAAUCAAAAUGCCGGCAGAUCAAAUACAAUACUCUGAAAAAUACUUCGAUGCCAUUUAUGAAUACAGACACGUCAUACUACCUCCAGAUCUGACAAAGCUUGUACCAAAAUCACAUUUGAUGAGUGAAACUGAGUGGCGCAAUUUGGGUGUACAACAGAGUCCUGGUUGGGUGCACUAUAUGAUACAUGCGCCAGAACCUCAUGUUAUACUCUUUCGGCGACCACGAACGGAUUUGCCGGAAAUAGGAUCAAAUGUUAAUAGUAACUCCAAUGUCAAUGUGACGGUCAAUAAUGCCAAUACGGAACAGCCGUCAGCACAGGCAAAGCAGUUGAAUGCCAACAAUAAUGUAUCAGUGCAUGGAUAAGUAGUUUGUGUCUGAUGGAGUUGCAGGCAUAACACAAUGACACCGAUUUAAAAUUCACACAUAAAUACCUGUAAGAUUUUUAGUUGAUACUUUUGUUGAUUUUUACACAAAGGUGUAAAGAAGAAAUAUUUCAUUCACUGCUUACCUACUUUGGGCCAGCGGACGGAAAUGUUAUUGUCCUUUUAAAAUGCAUGAAUUACUCAGCGAUACGAAUCAAAGAAAUAUAUGUAAAUACAUAAAUACAUAUUUAAUUUUAAAAUUAACACA